CCGGCGGAGCUGGGGUAUCCGCGCUCCGUCUGGAGGGAGGGAGAUUGCGCUCGCUCGGGCAGUCGGAGGGGACGGGAUCGGUGGGCGGGCGGACUCGCCCUCUCGGUGACUGCGCCGUCCGGGCCCAUCCUGCCUGGCCGCAGGUGCCCCUGGAUGAGGCCGCCCAGCGCGUCCCGGCCGAGCAGUUUUUUAAAGACAUUUUGGUCCUGGUUUCUCAGCCACUGUUACUGCCCACCGUCUUGCAGAUGUGGAUGUCCUUAUGUUAAAGAAAGAAUGGAAGUCGUAGUCUUUAGUUUUUUAAUAAAAUAGUAUAUUUGCUGUCUCUGCCCUGGGCUUCUUAAGCAUAUGGACCUGACGCUCUUCAGGAACUCACUCUAAGAUCUUAUAAUCAAUGGAUAAAGUGGGGAAAAUGUGGAGUAAUUUCAAAUACAGGUGUCAGAAUCUCUUCAAUCAUGAGGGAGGAAGCCGUACUGAAAAUGUGGACAUGAACUCCAACAGAUGUUUGUCUAUCAAAGAGAAAAACGUCAGUAUAGGAGACCUAGCUCCUCAGCAACAAAGCAGUCCCUUAAGAGAAAAUGUUGCCUUACAACUGGGAUUAAGCCCUUCAAAGAAUUCUUCAAGAAGAAACCCAAAUUGUGCCACUGAAAUUCCUCAGAUUGUGGAAAUAAGCAUUGAAAAGGAUAAUGAUUCGUGUGUCACCCCAGGAACAAGACUUGCAAGAAGAGACUCCUACUCCCGACAUGCUCCGUGGGGUGGCAGGAAGAAACAUUCCUGCUCUACGAAGACUCAGAGUUCGUUGGAUACUGAUAAAAAGUUCGGUGGAACUCGAAGUGGGCUUCAAAGGAGAGAGCGGCGGUACGGCGUGAGCUCUGUGCACGAUAUGGACAGCGUUCCCAGCAGAACUGUAGGAAGUCGCUCUCUGAGGCAGAGGUUGCAGGAUACUGUGGGUUUGUGUUUUCCAGUGAGAACUUACAGCAAGCAGUCAAAGCCUCUGUUUUCUAAUAAAAGAAAAAUACACCUUUCUGAAUUAAUGCUUGAGAAAUGCCCUUUUCCUGCUGGCUCAGAUUUAGCCCAAAAAUGGCAUUUGAUUAAACAGCAUACAGCCCCCGUGAGCCCACAUUCAACAUUUUUUGAUACAUUUGAUCCAUCGUUGGUUUCUACAGAAGAUGAAGAAGAUAGGCUUAGAGAGAGAAGGCGUCUUAGUAUUGAAGAAGGGGUUGACCCCCCUCCCAAUGCACAAAUACAUACAUUUGAAGCCACUGCACAGGUUAAUCCAUUAUAUAAACUGGGACCAAAGUUAGCUCCUGGAAUGACUGAAAUAAGUGGGGACAGUUCUGCAAUUCCACAAGCUAAUUGUGACUCAGAAGAGGACACAACCACACUGUGCUUGCAGUCACGUAGGCAGAAGCAACGUCAGGUCUCUGGAGACAGCCAUGCCCACGUUAGCAGACAGGGAGCUUGGAAAGUCCACACACAGAUCGAUUACAUUCACUGCCUGGUGCCCGAUUUGCUUCAGAUUACAGGGAAUCCCUGCUACUGGGGAGUGAUGGACCGUUACGAAGCAGAAGCCCUUCUAGAAGGGAAACCUGAAGGCACAUUUUUGCUCAGGGACUCCGCGCAAGAGGACUACCUCUUCUCUGUGAGCUUCCGUCGCUACAACAGAUCCCUGCAUGCCCGAAUUGAACAGUGGAAUCACAACUUUAGUUUUGAUGCUCACGACCCAUGCGUGUUUCACUCCUCCACUGUAACAGGACUUUUGGAACAUUAUAAAGAUCCCAGUUCUUGCAUGUUUUUUGAACCAUUGCUUACUAUCUCACUAAAUAGGACUUUUCCUUUUAGCUUGCAAUAUAUCUGCCGUGCAGUAAUCUGCAGAUGCACUACAUAUGAUGGAAUUGAUGGGCUCCCUUUACCAUCAAUGUUACAGGAUUUUUUAAAAGAGUAUCAUUAUAAACAAAAAGUUAGAGUUCGCUGGUUGGAGCGAGAACCAGUCAAGGCAAAGUGAACUCUCCUGUCGUAGAUCCGCUUUUAUGUGCAUCAGACAGUACACCUAUAGCGAGCACACAUAUCAGUGUUAGGUUUUUUUCAGUAAAGUAUGUAAGCUUAGUGUUAGUGUCUGUCAGAUGCGGUCUGCUGUUACUCAGAAAAAUGUGGUGCCUAUUGAUACAGCAGGAUAGAACUACAGGUGUUCAGUAAGCCUACAGCAACAUUGUGGCGAUUUUGCAGUUUGGUUUUUGAUAGCUGUAGUAAUGGAGUGAGGCAGUUCUGGGGCAUUUGCUAUGAAGAAUUCUAUUUCUUACCGAAGAACAAAUUGUUAAUAUUGGAUGAGUAUUUCAACAGUGUGACUAAUGUUUGAAAUUAUUUUUUCUAAGAAUUUUUCUAUACCCUUCCAAAGUAGUGAUGUUCGUAGUUACUAUAAAUCAAGCUUCGCAAGUCCAAAAAAGAAAGACUGCCUUCCUUUUAGAAAAGAAAUAAAUGCAAUUUUCUGGCCACAAGGGCAAUAGUGCAGUUCACUUAAGUGUUGAUAUAGUUUAUAGUCAGUCUCCUUUUCUCUUCUGCAAAAGGUACUGUUAAGUAAACCAAUUUUUCUGAAUAGUAGUUCUUAAAAUUCCAGUCUUCUAAAGUCUGGAGAAUUUUAUUUGAAAGCCUUGGGUGUUGAUUUUUUUAAUGAGUGCUUUAAUGUAAAACACACUGGGAGUUAGCUGCUGCAGUGCAGUCCUGUGUGUGGUUAGCUGGCAUGUGCCAUCUGCUUGUUGAUUUGUCACUGUCAGACCUUUCCCUGUGCCCAUGACGAGUCUGUGAACCGUGAAGACCAUGAGACUAGAAGAUGCCCAAACAAGUCAGAAGUGAUAGCUACAGUGGUGUUGCUGGUGUUGAUAUUAUUGUUAAACUGUAAUACUUUGGAUGGCAGUAUUUAUCGUUUUGUUGUAAGUACUCAUAGCUGAAUUGCUUAAGUACAAUUUAUAGAAUUUCAAUGCAGUUAAUUUCUAAUGGAAAAUCUGAAACCUAAAUUACAGAUUUAAAAGGUACUGUACAACCAUUGUAUCUGUAAAUAACUUAGCACCUUUUUGUCACUUAGAAUAGUAUGCAAUACUACUUGAGUGAGCUAUUUUGGAAGUAAUACCAAGUUCUCGUGUUUGCUUCUUAGUAUUGAACUGAAUUUACAGUUCUGUCUAGACAUUUUGCACUAAAGUAGUCGAGUCCAUUCUUGUGUCUUUUUGUUAAUGUGCUCUGUACCACUGGUGAGUGCUCCUUAGUUUCCUUACCUGCUGCUACAGAAAGUUAUUUUACAUCCUGAUGGCCAUGGCCAAGGCUACAGAAAAGAAAAGCUAUAUUUGUAUGCAACACUAACCCUUUGACUGCUAAUGUAUGUUUCUGCUUGCUGUGCCUUGUUAUGGCUGCUUUUUUGUGCUAAUAAAGUAUGUUUGGUGUUCUCCUUGUAGAUCUGCUGUUUUAUACAUUUGCAACAAUUUCUCUCGUAAAUGGAAUGGUUUGGGUUUUUUAAAUAAAGCUUUACCUGACAGCCUACUAUAGUCAGUGCAACCCACUGUACAGUCUAAUAUUGACUUAUUCUGAGUAAGCUAACUCUAAAUUUGAUGCCAUACAUCUUUCCGAUCAUAAUCACAUGUACUGUGCAACAGUAUAUAUAGUUACUGCAAAUUACUGUACAGUUUAGAUUAUGACAAAAUAAACAGAGAAAUGCCAACUAAACCGAUUGAUUUCUCUGCUUCUCAGUGGAAAAUUGAAGCCACCAAUGGCAUGUCAUAGUAAAUGAGUAUCUAUGGCUUCCUACUACACCAGGAACAGAUUAAAUGAAGUCUUGUAUAUCAGCAGCAUUUAUUGGUUUGGGGACCAUUUUAAUUUUUAAAAAAUGCCCAAAAUGUAGAACUUUAGCCAAAGACUCAUCCAUUUUAAAGCAAAAUGGGGAUUGAAGGGACUCAUAAUUCCUGUUAUUUCUAAUAGAAGUCCCUGAAGAACAUAUACCAAAGUGUUUGAGAACUUCAUCCAAACCUACUUUAAAGCAUUAUGUGCAAUUAAGUUGUUAUGACAUAAUUAUAUUGCAUAAUUGUUGGGUUUGUUUUCUUGAGCUUAUAAUGUACCUGGAAAAUAAACCUCUUGAAAAUAAAAAGUCCACACUGCUUUUUGGAGACAGAUUAUAUAUAUGCAAGCAAGAUCUUGUUUUAAAGAGGUAACUUGAAACUCCAAGAAAGCACUUGAUGUUUUAUAUGCUUAUAGCAAAUUGAUGUUCUAACUGUAGUUUUUAUAGAGAGUAUUCUUUUAUGUAUUUCAGAACUUUCAUACGUUCUAUGGAAAUUGUUUUAAAUGUGUACAUAUUUGAGUUUAUGUAAGCAUGUAUACAGUGUGCCGAAAGUCACCUGUGUUUCAGUUUGUGUGUGAUAUUAAUAUGCAACUUUUGGUUUAAACUUUUUUCUUACAAAAUGAGUGGCUUACAUUUUAAAAAAGAAAAAUCACCAGCAUGAAAUCGCACCUUAGUCUAUAGUCACUGUGUCUUUUUCUGAAUCCCGUUGCAGCCUGUCAACUGAAUUUGUGUUUUUAUGGUCUUUUGGAAGUGCAUUUUAAUACAAACCAGGAAAUUCUUUAUACGUUUGGACACAUCUUCGGAGUGAAGUAAUUGAUUACCCAGACAGGUUGCUCUGAUUCGAACAUGAGCACAUUCUCAUUCUUUCACUCACUCAUUCGUCCACUUAGCCGUUCGUUCUCUCUAGAUGUGCAUAUGUGUAUGCACACAUACAUACAUUUAUGAUAAUAUUGCCAUCUGAUUUAAAAUCAUGUAGAAGUCUUAGUCGAUGUAUAUUAAUCCUUGUACCAUUCAAAUUUGAUUAUCUGCACCUGAGGUUUAGUCUUGUUGCCAUUAGUCUUGUUUGUAAUACAGUCACUUUACAAAGAGAAUGCAUUCAUCAGUAUUUUCUGGCUAAACACAGUAAAGUAUUUGAAGAAGAAACAGCUUGGUUUAUAUAGUUAUUAAGAAUCAUAAUUAAAUUGAUAUAUCUUAGACAAAAACUUAGCCCAAUGUAUAAUAAUUAUACCACAUAACCAAUUUGUUUUCUUAAGGUCUGUUAGAAGGUUUAUAUAAGAUUUAUAGUGGCUUGAGCCAUAAAAAUUGAUACUUUUGAGCAUUUUGACAAAUUGAAAGUUUAUGAACCUUUUUAUUUGACUUUUUGACGAUCUGGUUGCUAUUCAUUUUUAUCCCAACUUUCCUUUGUUCCUUGGCACUAAACAGUAGUUUGGUAAUAAGUUUUAUUGAGAUUGGUCUUAGACCACUUAUUUUGGUAGCAAAAACAGCUAUCAAAUUGCUUUCUGGUGGAGAGAAGGAGGGUAUACGUGAGUCAGGACUCUCCCAGGAAAGACGUAGAGACUCUACCCAUCUCUAGGAGUGUGUUAACAGAGCAGAUUUACACCAGUGUGUUCAUUUGUUCUGUACCCCAACACAUACAGUUUCACUAGAUGGAGUUAGAUUUAAAAACACACACCAAGGGCUGACGUAAAGGUGAGAAGAGUUUCCAAAGGGGGCAAUGCUACUUGGUUGGAUGCAUAAAAACUACAUACCAAU